AUGCAACAAUUAUUAUUGAACCAUCGGGAAUCUUCGUUAAGUGAACAUAUGCAACAAUUGUUAUUGAACCAUCUGGAAUCUUUAUUAAGUGAUGACUAUUCUCAGCAAGUAUCCCAACAUAUGCAACAAUUUUCAUUAGACUAUUUGGAAUCUUCGUUAAGUGAAGACAUUUUUAUAUCUGAUUUACAAGGCUUUCUUGAUAAUUCUAUGCAACAGCAAGAUUCAUUUAUAUUUGAUGUGCAAACUAUGGACACCAUAAGAAAUGAUGUGUCUUAUAUUAAUAUUUCUGAGGCAAAUAAAGAUAGUGAUCACCUUAAAAUUGUUCCUGGUUCAGUAUUUCAUAAUAUUAAGUAUUAUACUUCUAAAGGUCUAAACAUGUGUAUGCAACUUUCUAUACUUGAAGAUAAAUAUCCUGGAAUCCUUUUCUUAUCACAAGACUUAUUUCUUACCAUCCAAUCAUUCAAGCAACGUAAUAAGGUUAAUAAUGAAGCAUCUAUUCUUUUAGAAAAGCUUCUUAAUAAUAAGGCUCAAGAUCUGAAUUGGGUUGUUCAUUAG